AAGCACGUUCAGUCAAUCACUGAGAGAGAGAGUGAGGCUGAAAGGUGGGCGCUCUCCACGCUUGUCGGCCGCCCGGCUGCUUGUGAAGUUCCAGCCUCAUGGCGGAGAUAAUUCAGGAACGUAUAGAAGAUCGAAUCCCGGAGUUGGAACAGCUGGAGCGCAUCGGACUCUUCAGUCACGCGGAGAUUAAGGCUAUCAUCAAGAAGGCUUCUGACUUAGAAUACAAAAUACAUCGGAGAACCCUUCUCAAGGAAGACUUUAUCAACUAUGUUCAAUAUGAAAUUAAUCUUUUGGAGCUGAUCCAGAGAAGAAGAGCAAGAAUUAAAUAUUCAUUUAAGAAGGAUGAGAUUGAAUAUUCUAUGGUACAUCGGGUACAAGGUGUCUUUGGUCGUGCUUCAGCGAAGUGGAAAGAUGAUGUUCAACUUUGGCUAUCCUAUAUCGUUUUCUGUAAGAAAUGGGGUACCAAAACACAUCUUAGCAAGAUAUUCUCUACCAUGCUUGCCAUUCAUUCAAACAAGCCAGCUUUGUGGAUUAUGGCAGCCAAAUGGGAAAUGGAAGAUCGCUUGUCUUCAGAAAGUGCCAGGCAGUUAUUUCUUCGGGCUCUCCGCUUUCAUCCCGAGUGUCCAAAGCUCUAUCAAGAGUACUUCAGGAUGGAGCUGAUGCAUGCUGAGAAACUGAGAAAGGAAAAGCAAGAAUUUGAAAAAGCCGCCAUGGACAUGGGGGAUUUUGAUCAUCCUGAAGAAAUCCUUAAAGGCGAGUUGGCACGGAUCAUUUAUAAAAAUUCUAUAAGCAAGAUUAAAGGUGCAGAAUUCCAUGUGUCACUUCUCACUAUUGCUCAACUAUUUGAUUUCGCCAAAGAUCUACAGAAGGAGAUUUACGAUGACCUUCAAGCUCUGCACACCGAUGACCCACUCACUUGGGAUUAUGUGGCGAGGCGAGAAUUAGAGAUCAAUUCCCAACCAGGUGAAGAGCAGCCUGUGUCGAAACAAGCCAAAGCAGUGGAAAUGGGCCGAAGGGAAGAAAGAUGCUGUGCAGUGUAUGAAGAGGCAGUGAAGGCCCUGCCUACAGAGGCCAUGUGGAAGUGUUACAUCACCUUUUGCUUGGAGAGGUUUUCUAAGAAGACCAGUAGUGUGCCCCUCAGAGGGCAGAGGCUGGAAAGAACCAUGCUUGCAUUCAGGAGGGCCCAUGAACUGAAGCUCCUUUCUGAAGUCCAGUACAAGCAGUGGGUUUGCCUGCCCUUGUGGAUGUCAUGGGCAGAGUGGAGUGAAAGUGCUAAAAGCCAGGAGGACACGGAAGCCAUCUUUAAGAAAGCUAUUUUAGCUGUCACAGGUGCCAGUUCAGUAACUCUGAAGGAGAAAUACCUGGAUUGGGCCUAUCGGAGUGGAGGCUACAAAAAGGCCAGAGCAGUGUUUAAAAGUUUACAGGAAAGCCGUCCGUUUUCGGUGGAGUUUUUCAGGAAAAUGAUGCAGUUUGAAAAGGAGCAGGAACCCUGCAAGAUGGCAAACCUGAGGGAGUAUUAUGAGAGGGCGCUGAGAGAGUUUGGGUCUUCAGAUUCUGAUCUUUGGAUGGAUUACAUCAAGGAAGAAUUGAACCAUCCCUUCGGUAAACCUGAGAACUGCGGACAGAUCUAUUGGCGAGCCAUGAAAAUGUUACAGGGACAGUCAGCAGAGCUGUUUGUAGCUAAACACGCCAUGCACCAGGCUGGCCACUAGUGAGCACCACCAGUUUGCCGAAGUUGUGUUGCAAGUCUUGGGGCAGGUUUGUGAUGAGUUGGUGUGUGAAUUGUCAAGAGCUGGCAGAAGAACGGAUUAAUUUUUCUAACAUACUUUUACUUGGUGUUAAUCUUUGGUUCCAGAAACAAGAACUGCUAAUGCCUGUUAAAUCUAAAAUACACAGAAAUCAUAUGGUUCAGUUUCAAUUCUUGUUCCAGGCUAAGCAUAUAUAGCUCUAAUCUAGACUAGGUAUGAGAGACCCAGUUCAAACCCACGAGCAAGUAUAGUUUUGUGUGUUCUCUUCUUUUUGUGAAAGCCUGUGGAGAUAGGAGGGACUAGGGUGUGGGUGGACUGCCUCAACCCUCCAGCUCCCGAAUAAUGAUACAGAGACUUUAUGAAAGCUUAGUCCUUAUGGCUUAGCCAUGUUUACCACAUGGCUGAUCACCUCUCAGACCUGUACGGCCAAGUUCCAAGUCUGGUGGGUAGAGCUCCCAUCUCUCAAUUCUUCCCAGAGUUCCCAUCUCUUCUUGGAUGUCCCGCCUUUCCUUUUCUGCCCUGCUAUAGGCCAUCAGCUGUUUAUCAAACAAAUCAGAAGUGAUGGAGGAGAAUGUUUACAAUCUAUGAUGCAGGUGAUGCUUCAUAAACAUAACAGUAUCAAAGUGCAGAUGAUCUUAGCACUCUGCUGGGUCAGAAAUCAACAUCUGAAAUACUACAAAGAGAGCCUUAACUUAGUGCCCAGGAUCCUCCCAACGCUAGGGCAGUGCAGAGCAGAAAGCCAUCUGUGAUCUAAGUGAUUUAUUCUCCUGUAUCUAAAUUGGAUCUGUACUUUUAAAUCAAUCAUUCAAGAAAUAUGCACCUUCCUUCACCUGCAGGAAAGAAGGGAGACUUGGAAGAUGAAUAACAGAAGGUGCUGGGUAUUUAGGGAAGUUUGUCUUUUAAGAGUUAAGGUGGGCCGGGUAUGGUGACGCACGCCUUUAAUGCCAUCACUUGAGAGGCAGAGGCAGGCGGAUUUCUGAGUUGGAGCACA